CCAUAUGUGCACCAAAUUUGAUGGACAUGGGAGGGAGGGGGUCCAAAUGUUGUCCUUUGAGCCCCAAUGGCCACGACCUUUUUGAGAACACACCCAUUCAGGGUAAUUGUGGUUUGACUGUCAUCCACAUGUCAAGUUUGGCUAAAUGACCUGGGUGUCAUAGGGGAGCAAAGAGAUAAAGGUUGCUCACAUUUUAUUAAUGACAUACCUUUGUGAUGUCAUAUGAGGGCGGCAAUCGAAAUUAGAUCCACUUUGCUGACGUCAAAAUCAUUUAAAAGUGUAAACUUCGUUCAGAUUUCGGUUUGAAAGUACUGCAUUAAAGGAACGCUAUUAGACGCUGUACCCGGUAGGUGGCAGACGUGAGUUCAUACGUUUUCCCCACAUCCUGUUUGGGAAAACGUGAUUGUUCAGUCAGAUUGAUUUUGCACUGUCUGCUUUCCACUAUGUUUUCGACUUUAGAACGAGCGGGCUCAAGUUGUCCGAAUUUGUUGUUCGGAUUGAGCCUGUCAUUAUUUUGUGUUUCUGGGGAGAAAGUGCCGGAGCAGCCCUCCGGGGUGAUCCACGAGCUCCGGACGCUCCUGACCGAGGUGGCCGCCGACGGCAGGGCUUACCUGGACAGACUGGCCGGGGAACAGACGGUGUUGUCGGUGCAAAAGGCUUUUGCUCAAGUUGUGGGUGUUGUGGCAGCAGGCGUGGCCAGUGGUCUUAACGUGCUCUCGCAGUACGUCACUCAUUUUCUGCAGACGGCUGGAAUCCAAGUCAGCCUCCCUGUGGACAGAGUCACAGCAGACGGGGUGAUCUUCGUCACCCAGUGGGUUUUUGUGGCUCUCAUUGGCUACUGGCUGAUAUCCCUCGUCUUUCAAUUGGUUGCCUCGGCUCUGCGGGAGGUCCUGUGGCUGGUGAAGGUGGGUGCGGCCUUGUUCUGUUUUGGACUCAUCCUAAGAGAUCACGACGCUGGCACAGUAACCAUGGCCAUCCGUCUGGGAGUCCUAGUGUGCGUCUGUGUCCUCUUGGGUGUCGGGUCCAGGGGGGGCGGAGCUGUGGCUGAUAAAACCGCUCAUCUGGAGGAUGAGGUGAGGAUCCUACAGCGAAGACUGAGAGAGAUGGAGAAGCGGAGGAGGAUGGAGGAGUGAGCAGGACUUCACGUUCUGUGCUUUUUGGCAGCUGCCAAUAAAUUUUGGCGAUUUCACAAUUUUGUCGUAACCCAACAAGAAUAAUUCAUUGAUUGUGACGGGUCUCCCUAAAAAUAUUUCAGUUUCUUGAUAUCUUUGUGUAAACUGGCUUUGGAAAAGGAGACUCCAGAAACAAGUCGCCUGGAGGAGAAAAACCUUUGAAACCAUACACAUUUCCAUGAUGAAGGUCUGGAGCCAGAAAGUGUUGGUUUUUACACGUUUUAAUAAAGGUUUUGUUCUCCAGACAGCACGUGAUCUCUGCCAAGUGCUGCUCCUCUGCGUCUGACUCUUUGACUUGAUGGAAAUGUGCUGCAGUCGGUUUUUGUUGAUGACUGGAAGCGCCAUCGACAUGUCCACACGCUCUGUUACAUAAAUGUUUUUACCGUUAAACAACGUGGACGCUCAGGAAACCAAAGAGCUUUUAGUUGCGCUGCUGUUAAAAUUUUUAUUUUUACAAAAUGCACAUAAAUAUUCUUACUUUGUUUUCUGAAUAAUCUCUUGCGGAGACUUGCAAUAAUGUCCAGUAGAGGUGGGAAGUCCGACACUGAUGGCUGCUUUGUGUCUGGUGUUAACCAUUUCGCAAAAAUAAUAAUGCUAAUCUCAGGACAGAGUGGUGGGUGUUGUAUUGUAUUCUUCGUGGAAGUGUCACUGAUGUGAUUUGUGUUCAAGAAAAAUGACAUAUUAGAAAGGGGGCAUCCUUUUUUAUCUUCGACAGCUAUAUCAUGUUUUGUUUUAAAGUUCCUCGUUCCGACAUGUCGGCUUUGAUUGAAGUAAGCGGAAGUCUGAAAGUAUAAUAUGUUGCUUUGUGCCUUCUGUAACAUUUAUUAGCUUGACCGUUUGUUCUAAUCUCACAGCUGUAACUCUUUGGGUGCGUUUGCUGUAACGCAGUGCAUUUUUGUUUGUAUGCAGCAACAGGACUUAAAUUUCUGUGUAAAAGGUAUUUGGGGUAGAACAUUUUUAACAACCUUUCACAAUAAGGGUCAGAGUCAAAGAUUGAAAUUGUCUU